GGAGGGGGCCGGCGACGCCGACACCGUCAGCCGGCGACGCCGCGGAGAAGGCGGGAGGGGGGUGGGGGCGAAACCAGGCUCCGACCCCCGGCCGAGGGGAUGAAGGGAGCAUGGGCGCCAAGGAGUCACGGAUCGGAUUCCUCAGCUACGAGGAGGCGCUGAGGAGAGUUACAGAUGUAGAACUGAAACGACUCAAAGAUGCCUUCAAGAGGACCUGUGGACUCUCUUAUUACAUGAGUCAGCACUGCUUCAUCAGGGAAGUGCUUGGGGAUGGAGUGCCGCCUAAAGUUGCUGAGGUGAUUUACUGUUCUUUUGGUGGAACAUCCAAAGGGCUACACUUCAAUAACUUAAUAGUUGGACUCGUCCUCCUUACAAGAGGCAAAGAUGAAGAGAAAGCAAAAUAUAUUUUUAGUCUUUUUUCAAGUGAAUCUGGGAGCUAUGUUGUACGGGAAGAAAUGGAAAGGAUGCUACAUGUGGUGGAUGGUAAAGUACCAGAUACACUCAGGAAGUGUUUCUCAGAGGGUGAAAAGGUGAACUAUGAAAAAUUUAGAAAUUGGCUUCUUCUAAACAAAGAUGCUUUUACCUUCUCUCGCUGGCUGUUGUCUGGGGGUGUAUAUGUGACCCUCACUGAUGACAGUGACACUCCUACUUUCUACCAAACUCUGGCUGGAGUCACACAUUUGGAAGAAUCAGACAUCAUUGAUCUGGAGAAACGCUAUUGGUUACUGAAGGCUCAAUCCCGUACUGGACGUUUUGACUUAGAGACCUUUGGCCCACUGGUUUCACCACCUAUUCGCCCUUCUCUGAGUGAAGGUUUAUUUAAUGCUUUUGAUGAAAAUCGUGACAAUCACAUAGACUUCAAGGAGAUAUCCUGUGGGUUAUCAGCCUGCUGCAGGGGCCCCCUGGCUGAAAGACAGAAAUUUUGCUUCAAGGUGUUUGAUGUUGACCGUGAUGGAGUUCUCUCCAGGGUUGAACUGAAAGACAUGGUGGUUGCGCUUUUGGAAGUCUGGAAAGAUAACCGCACUGAUGAUAUUCCUGAAUUACAUAUGGCUCUGUCAGACAUUGUAGAAGACAUAUUGAAUGCACAUGAUACCACAAAGAUGGGCCAUCUUACUCUGGAAGACUAUCAGAUCUGGAGUGUGAAAAAUGUUCUUGCCAAUGAGUUUUUGAAUCUCCUCUUCCAGGUAUGCCACAUAGUUCUGGGGUUAAGACCAGCUACUCCAGAAGAAGAAGGACAAAUUAUUAGAGGAUGGUUAGAACGAGAAAGCAGGUAUGGUCUGCAGCCAGGACACAAUUGGUUUAUCAUCUCCAUGCAGUGGUGGCAACAAUGGAAAGAAUAUGUCAAAUACGAUACCAACCCUGUAGUGAUUGAGCCAUCAUCUGUUCUAAAUGGGGGAAAAUUUUCAUUUGGAGCUGCAGUACAUCCUAUGGAGCAGGGAGAAGAUAGAAUCAGUAACAGCCUCAGUUAUGUGAAUACUACAGAAGAGAAAUACUCAGACAACAUUUCUUCUGCAUCUGAAGCCUCAGAGUCUACUGGCAGCGGCUUUUUGUAUUCUGGCACACCAGGGGCAGAUAUGUGCUUUGCAAGGCAACAUAAUACUUCGGACAAUAACAACCAGUGUUUGUUAGGAGCCAAUGGGAAUAUACUUUUGCACCUGACUACUCAGAAGCCAGGAGCUAUUGAUAAUCAGCCACUAGUAACUCAAGAACCAGUAAAGGCUACAUCAUUAACACUAGAAGGAGGACGAUUAAAACGAACUCCACAGCUAAUGCACGGAAGAGAUUAUGAAAUGGUCCCAGAACCUGUAUGGAGAGCACUUUAUCAUUGGUAUGGAGCAAACCUGGCCCUCCCACGACCAGUAAUCAAGAAUAGCAAGACGGACACUCCAGAACUAGAAUUAUUUCCUCGGUAUCUACUCUUCCUUCGACAGCAGCCUGCCACAAGGACACAGCAAUCUAACAUCUGGGUGAAUAUGGGAAAUGUACCCUCUCCAAAUGCGCCUCUAAAGCGGGUGUUAGCCUAUACAGGCUGUUUUAGUAGAAUGCAAACCAUCAAGGAAAUUCAUGAAUAUCUAUCUCAACGGCUUCGCAUCAAAGAGGAAGAUAUGCGACUAUGGCUGUACAAUAGUGAGAACUACCUGACUCUUCUGGAUGAUGAAGACCAUAGAUUGGAAUAUCUGAAAAUCCAGGAUGAGCAACACCUGGUAAUUGAAGUUCGCAACAAAGAUAUGAGCUGGCCUGAAGAAAUGUCCUUUAUAGCAAAUAGUAGCAAAAUAGAUAGACAUAAAGUUCCCACAGAGAAGGGAGCCACAGGCCUGAGUAACCUGGGAAAUACAUGCUUCAUGAACUCAAGCAUCCAGUGUGUUAGUAACACACAACCACUGACACAGUAUUUUAUCUCAGGGAGACAUCUUUAUGAACUCAACAGGACAAAUCCCAUUGGUAUGAAAGGCCAUAUGGCUAAAUGCUAUGGCGAUUUGGUGCAGGAACUUUGGAGUGGAACCCAGAAGAAUGUAGCCCCAUUAAAGCUUCGGUGGACAAUAGCAAAAUAUGCUCCCAGGUUUAAUGGGUUCCAGCAACAAGACUCCCAAGAACUUCUGGCUUUCCUCUUGGAUGGUCUUCAUGAAGAUCUUAACCGAGUCCAUGAGAAGCCAUAUGUGGAACUAAAAGACAGUGAUGGACGACCCGACUGGGAAGUAGCUGCAGAGGCCUGGGACAACCAUCUAAGGAGAAAUAGAUCAAUUGUUGUGGACUUGUUCCAUGGCCAGCUAAGAUCCCAAGUCAAAUGCAAGACAUGUGGGCAUAUAAGUGUCCGAUUUGACCCUUUCAAUUUUUUGUCUUUACCACUACCAAUGGAUAGUUAUAUGCAUUUAGAAAUAACAGUAAUUAAAUUAGAUGGUACUACCCCAAUACGAUAUGGACUAAGACUGAAUAUGGAUGAAAAGUACACAGGUUUGAAAAAGCAGCUGAGUGAUCUCUGUGGACUUAAAUCAGAACAAAUCCUUCUUGCAGAAGUACACAGCUCCAACAUAAAGAACUUCCCUCAGGACAAUCAAAAAGUUCGACUUUCAGUGAGUGGAUUUCUGUGUGCAUUUGAAAUUCCCAUUCUUGCAUCUCCAGUCUCAGCAUGUAGUCCAGUACAAACAGAUUGCUCCUCUUCUCCAUCUACAAAUGGACUGUUCACCCUGAGUACCAAUGGGGACCUGCCUCGACCCAUGUUCAUCCCCAAUGGAAUGCCAAAUACAGUUGUACCAUGUGGAACUGAGAAGAAUGUCACAAAUGGAAUGGUGAAUGGUCAUAUGCCACCUCUCCCUGAUGACCCCUUUACAGGCUACAUCAUUGCAGUCCAUCGAAAAAUGAUGAGGACAGAACUGUAUUUCCUGUCAUCUCAGAAGAAUCGUCCCAGUCUCUUUGGAAUGCCACUGAUUGUUCCAUGUACUGUGCAUACCCGUAAGAAAGAUCUCUACGAUGCAGUUUGGAUUCAAGUGUCUAGAUUGGCCAGCCCUCUCCCACCUCAAGAAGCUAGUAACCAUGCACAAGAUUGUGAUGACAGCAUGGGCUAUCAGUAUCCAUUCACCCUACGAGUUGUGCAGAAAGAUGGAAAUUCCUGUGCAUGGUGCCCGUGGUAUAGAUUUUGCAGAGGCUGUAAAAUUGAUUGUGGAGAAGACAGAGCUUUCAUUGGAAAUGCCUAUAUUGCUGUGGAUUGGGACCCUACAGCCCUUCACCUCCGCUAUCAAACAUCACAGGAAAGAGUUGUAGAGGAGCACGAUAGCGUGGAGCAGAGUCGGCGAGCACAGGCUGAGCCCAUCAACCUAGACAGCUGUCUCCGUGCCUUCACCAGUGAGGAGGAGCUGGGGGAAAAUGAGAUGUACUACUGCUCUAAGUGUAAAACUCACUGUUUGGCAACUAAGAAGUUGGACCUCUGGAGGCUUCCUCCAAUUCUGAUUAUUCACCUUAAACGAUUUCAGUUUGUAAAUGGACGGUGGAUAAAAUCACAGAAAAUUGUUAAAUUUCCGCGUGAAAAUUUUGACCCUAGUGCUUUUUUAGUACCAAGAGACCCAACGCUUUGCCAGCAUAAACCACUCACACCCCAGGGAGACGACGUCUCUGAGCUAAGGAUUUCAGGAGGAGAUGUAAAGAAAAUGGAUGUCCAGAAUGCAGCAGGAGAGGAGGAUGUGCUCCUGAGCAAGAGCCCAUCUUCACUCAGUGCCAAUAUCAUCAGUAGCCCAAAAGGUUCACCUUCUACAUCAAGAAAAAAUGGAGCCAGCUGCCCCUCCAGCAAAAACAGCAGCCCGAACAGCAGCCCAAGGACUUUGGGCAGGAGCAAAGGGAGGCUCCGGCUGCCUCAAAUUGGCAGCAAAAAUAAAUUGUCCAGUAGUAAAGAGAAUUUGGAUGCCAGCAAAGAGAAUGGAACUGGGCAGACAUGUGAACUGACUGACACCUUGAGCCGAGGACAUGUGUUAGGAGGCAGCCAGCCUGAGCUGGCCACUCCUCUGGAUCAUGACAGCACUUUGGCGAAUGGAUUCCUUUAUGAGAAUGAGGCAUGUGGCAAUGGCUAUAGUAAUGGUCAACUUGGAAACCAUAGUGAAGAAGACAGCAUGGAUGACCAAAGAGAAGAUACUCAUAGUAAACCUAUUUAUAAUCUAUAUGCAAUUUCGUGCCAUUCAGGAAUUCUGGGUGGGGGCCAUUAUGUCACUUAUGCCAAAAACCCAAACUGCAAGUGGUACUGUUACAAUGACAGCAGCUGUAAGGAACUCCACCCGGAUGAAAUUGACACCGACUCUGCCUACAUUCUUUUCUAUGAGCAGCAGGGGAUAGACUGUGCACAGUUUCUGCCGAAGAUCGAUGGCAAAAAGAUGGCAGACACGAGCAGCAUGGAUGAAGACUUUGAGUCCGAUUACAAGAAGUACUGUGUUUUACAGUAAAGCUGCCACUCUGGCUGCUGGAUGGACUGGUGUCAUGGGGGGUGACGGCUUGUAGCUAGCAUUUGGCAGAAUCAUCACUGAAAAGCAGACUAAAUGUAGUUAUUUUAUCCUGUGACCUGAAGCACAAAAUAAAAAUCCUAAUUAAAAUAGCAGUCAACUUUAAGAAUAGUAAUAAUUUUGUUUUGAAGUCUCCCACAAGCUGUCCCGAGAACUUUCAGGCAGAUCUCACCAUUAGCCUGUAAACAAGAGGGUUUGGCACCAAUCACCUGGGACCAACUAAGAAUUUAAUGUGCUUGUCCAAUAAAUAAUAAACAAACUUGUAGUGAGUAUAGAGUUUACCAAUAAUCAUAACAGGAUACUAAGGAAUUCCUUGGAAUCAAAGUUUAAAAAAAAAAAAGUUGAAAUGUUGUCUGGGGACGACAUGAUAUGCUACCUCCUUUUUCCUGAAGUUUCAUUCCAUUGUAUUGAUAAAUGGAAAAAGCAAGAUCAUGCAGGAGUGCAGAUGAUUCUUACAGUGUGGACACAGAUUUUUUCCAAAUUUUUGAACCAUUUCCCUAUUAUUUCUAUGUCUUGUUUGUUUGUUUGUUUGUUUGUUUGUUUUGGUUAUUUUUCUUUCUUUUUUUUUUUUUUUUUUUUGAGGGAUAGUUUUGUGUUUGAAACAGUCAUUUGUUAUGAGAUAUCCACUGGCCCCCACCUGUUGCACUGACCACGCCCAUUGGAGCAUGGGGACAGGUGGGGGGUCCCAGAUCCCAGCUUGUAGCAGAAACUGUGGCAGUUGGUCUGAACCCAGUCAACUCUAAGGCCAUGUGCCUUCUGCCCAGUCUCAGUGCAGUGACCAGAAGUCCAGUCUAGGCAGCCCUCCUGCAGAGGCUUCUUCAGGAUACUUGAAGUGAGUGUCCUCACAGACACACUGCUGGGUGUGGCAGGUGCCAGGGUUUGCACCAUAGUCCCAAGCAUACAUUGCACAAAUAGUUCCUAGGAAGGUUUGCAAAAGCCAGAAGUGUUUCCUGUUAGUAGUGGGGGUCUUUUUUAUUGUUGUUUUUGUUUUUUCUUUGUUUCUCAUCUUGCACUUUAAAAGAGAGAAUACAUGCAAACAGUUGUGCUUGUACUUUAAUGGCUCUAAGGGCUAUAAAUUAACUCUAUCAGAGUGUAAAAUGUAAAAACAGAAAUACAUCCAACUUUGAUAGUUUGUAAGUAUUGCUAAAGAAACUGCUGGGUUUAGGAAGCAAACUCCGGUUGUUUGCAUGUCUGCUCCUUCAACUUUUUUUUUUUUUUUUUUUUUUUUUUUUUUGCACUAGUCAUCAAAAAUUUUGUUUAUUUGCUCUUUUUUUUCUAAUUAUUCAAAACUGGAACAAAAGUAUAAAUGUCAUUUAUUUCUGAAAGCAUUUUUUUCUGUGUUGUGUUUUAAUAUGUAGUCAAGGAAAAUUCUCACCUUGUUUUUUGGUCUCUUAAAAAAUUCAUCAAGACCCUGGAAAUUGAUUCUCAUUUGUUACUAGAUCCCAUUUCCCUCCUUUCCUCACAGUAGUAAAUACCAAUGCAGUUAGUGUUUGUGCUCUGAUAGCUGAGACCAGUGAGCGCCUAAUUUCAGUGCACUUGGAAAAGUUGUCUUAAGCAACUGCCUAGGCUGACAUCCCUUCAGAAAUGUGAGUGUACUUAAAAAGAAGGAGUGGCCUGAAAGGAGUGAUGUAAUGAAGUCACACAAAAUGCAUACUUCAUAGAUUCAAAGUUUUCAUAUAUGAAAUGUCCACUCCUACAAGUCCCAUGAAAAAGUGGAAAAUUUUCAGUAAUUUCCUUACAGAUGUUGUAGUUGAGCAGGUAGCACAAUCUACUAAUGUUGUUUGAUCUGUGUUUGUUAUAUCGGUUGUAAUUAAUUUUUUUAAAUUCAAGAACUAGCAGAAAAUUUAUUAAAUUAACUAUUAACUACAUUCACCUUGUAAAUUUCUGUAUAAAACUUGUUGACAAUGCACUGACUUUAGGAAGACAUUGAUGUACAUAGAGUGUAAAUAAGAUAGUCUUGAUGUACGGAAUAUGAACUGUAUAAAAAAGUAUUGGUCAUUGUAUAUGGCGUGUACCUGUUUAUCUGUAACUAUUACCCAAAUUAAAUACUGCAGAUGU